AUGCUCUCGCCCAUGGCCACCGAUGAUCAAUCGACUACAGCUCCCCUCGACCGGGUCGAAAGCACAAGCUCUCAGUCUCAGUCUCAGUCUCACUCACAAUCUAAUGCUCGAUCUCACUCGCAUUCGCACGCUCACUCUCACUCUCACUUCGGCUCGGCCGUGACGCCCGCGGCAUCGUCAACGUGGGGCCUCGGCGAGCCGACACCCUCGCACCACCUCUCCUCCGAGGCAUCGACUUCGCCGGCCGAGUCCUGGAGGCUCGAUGAGUUCGUCACAGACCCCGCCUACCUCGCCUACCAAGAGGAGCUCAGAUGCCUCAUCUUCAACACGGCCCAGACGGCCGUUCCCACGCGGGAGGGCACCCCAGAGGCAACCGACGGUGGCUUCUCUGCCGGGGGGUUCGCGGCGCCGGGUACCAUCUUGGGGGACGAGGGAGCCGCCCGGCGGCAGGCCGGCCAGAUUCUGGGAACAGGCCGGAGGCUAGAGUACUUGAAGAACUACGUCGGUGAAGUCGCGACAUGGCUAGACAUGUUUGACAGCGACCGCGCCUUUGGCAUACAAGUCCCCGUCCUCGCGCGCAGCUCCCCGGCGCUCCUCUAUGCCGUUCUCGCCUUGUCAGCGCGGCAGAUGGAGCGAAAGGAGGGCAAGCAGACUUCAUUUGACAGCCUCGAGCUGUACCAAGAGGCCAUUCGCCUGCUGACGCCGUUGCUGCAGUCCCGAGACCAGAAGAUCAUUCCCAUCUGCACAAUUCUGUGUUGCCUCGAGAUGAUGUCUGCCAGCGCCCAGGAUUGGAGGAAACACCUCGAAGGAUGCGCCGCGCUCUUUGACUCUUUCUACGUGCACGGCUUCAGCGGUGGUCUACUUCAAGCCGUCUUCUGGUGCUACGCACGAAUGGACCUUUGUGGUGCCCUCAUCUCCGACGGAACGGAGAACACCCUCCUCACUCCCUCAAAGUGGCUCCCCAGCGGUGCCUCCCACAACGAAGCCCGCGAGCUCUUCCACCAGUCCGGGACGCCCGACAUGCACGCCAACUACGCCGUCUACCUCUGCGCCAAAGUCUGCGAGCUCGUCGCCGACAGAACCCGCUACUACGAGCUCGGCGACGCCAACGGCUGCAGCAGCCCCGAAGAGCUCACCGACCGCUGGAUCCGUCUCUGGGAAGACCUCCAAGCCUGGACGCGCGACCGGCCGCCGGAGCUCCUCCCGGUCCAGAGCAUCCAGAGCAGCCCGUUCCCGCAGAUCCUCUUCCUGCACUGGGCGGCCAUCUCCUCGAACCAGCUGUACCACACGGCCUGCACCCUGCUGCUCGGGUCCAUGCCGCGGCCGCUCCACCUCAAGCUGGGCGGCGUCACGGGGUCCCCCGUCUGGCACGCGAAAUGCAUCUGUGGCAUAUCACUCGCGAACCCGCACCAGGGCUGCUUGAACAACGCCAUCCAGCCCCUUUGGGUCGCGGGCCGGCUUCUCAGUCACAAGUCGGAGCACGCUCUGCUCGUGAAGCUCAUCCGCAGCAUAGAGGCUGUGACGGGAUGGGGCACGUGUUGGAGAAUCGACGAUCUGGAGGCCGCUUGGGGCUAUAAAGUCCGCAAGGAACUUAGGAUCGCCGACAUGGCAAGGUGA